UCAGCGGUGAUGAUUUGUGCUUAGGUCCAAACAAUGUUUCACUUUCGGUUUGCCAGAGUAACUGCAUAGGAGAGUUGAUUAAAAUCAACUCCCAAAAAUCUUCUACUCAUAAACUCAUGAGCCGGGAAAGCUGAAACUUGUGUGGAAGCAUCCUCAGCCAACGAUCAGUCACUGGGUUCACCCACUUUCAUAUAAAACUUGAACAGCGAGGCCAUUAAUGUUGCCCGUGGUGUACUGGAGUAAUCCCUUUUGAUACCCGAGUCGUGGCAGAAAUGAUCGCUCCCGGAUUUACACGCAAGUGAAAUAUCACCGGAGAACAGCCAUUCCCAGGUAAACAGUUAAUCCCGGGAGAGAGAACAACUCUCGGAAAAUCAUUUCGUGUCAUUGGACACCGAUAACAGUUGACACUAAGGACGAUCAGCGAUUGAUUGGAGGAGCCUAGUACACCUGACUUUUCGAACCCUAUUGAACGCCCAUCUUCAGACCCUGGGUGACGUCUGAACAGCCCCUUGAGCACUAGGAGCGGGCACUUUGUCCGUCUGUCGCCUCAGUGACUGAGGCAAAUAUUCUGCGUACGGCCGCCAUGGAAUAAACUUUAAUUCUGUAGAUGUGAUUACAAUGAACCAGUCCGUGGAAUCUCUACAAGAUGGUGUGUACAAUACUUCAGGAAGUCCCGCGACAGCCAUGUGUAGCAAGGUGGUGUUAAACGACGGACAUGUAGCUCGCCUGAACUCCAACACCGUGGACCUUCUCUACAUUCCUACAAUAGUGUAUGUGUCUGUUCUAUUGUGUGUGGGGAUUCCGGGGAAUGCCCUGGUGGCCUACGUGUACACCUCCUGGCGGCGGUCUCCCUCCCGCCUCGUUAUCAUUGCGCUGGCCGUGUUUGACCUCGUCAACUGUCUGUUCACCAUCCCCACGGAAAUCUACUUCAUCCUCAAUAUAUAUCUGGACCCGAAUCCAAUACUGUGCAAAGUGACCCGUUUUUUUACUUUCUCCAUGAACAACGCCUCGUCCUUCGUUCUCUUGUUCAUCGCCGUGGACCGGUUCAAGAGGAUAUACAAGCCCCUCAAACCUCCGUUCAGCAAUCGGAUCACCAAGACUAUGAUCGGGAUAAGCUUUGCAGUAGCAUUUAUAUUCUCCUGGCCGUCUCUGCUGAUUUACGGUAGGCAGACAUUUAACAUCCCACUGUCUAACGACACAUGUAUAAGAGUGCGCACCUGUCUCAUAGACGACGAUGUUAAGACCAGCAUCUACCCGUUGUUGUUCAAUAUAAUACUCACGGCGGGCACUAUCCUUAUCGACAUCAUCAUGAUCUCUGUGUACGCUUAUAUCGGCAGUAGAUCGAUCAAAGCCAUCAGGGAAACCAACCGCUUUUUCCCAAAGUUUGCGUUCAAUACAAAUGACACUAUGGACUUUUCCGUAGAAUAUUCACAAGAGGCACAUGACCCAAUUAUCGUGAACCGAAAACACUCUCAAAACUAUAAAAAGAACUCGACGGCCACUUUGUCCAAUGACAUUCACUCAAAGUUCGACUCACUUGACCGGAAGGGGUCGACGGUGACGAUAAUUUCGAACAAACGAGGACAUUCCGCGAAGUCUUCCAUUCAAAAGGCGGACAGGAAGGGGCGGAGACAGAUGUUAAAAUCUACAUUUAUGCUAUUUUUAGUAACAGUGUUGUUCAUUGGAUCAUUUAUACCCUAUUGUGCCCUUGUGUUCAUACGCUAUUCACGGCCUACGUACUACCCCGAGCUGUCGAGCGCCGGAAAAGCCACAUAUAAUGUAUUCCUACGCUCUUAUAUGAUGAGCAGUGCACUAAAUCCUGUUAUAUAUAGCUUUCUAAGUAGCAAGUUCAGAAAACAGUGCCACAGAAUUGGCCGAAAAAUAUUUUGCUUUGGUCAAUAUCAAUAACGAUAGGAUGGAAAUUGACUUGAAAAAAUAUCAAAACUUAUGGACCAAUGUACGUUAGAAACUAAUGUGUUUUGUGGUGUGUGGAUCGGUCCUUGUAUUCCUUUUUCUACAUGUCAACAUUCCGAAUCAUUGAGUCAUUAGAAAUAACCAAAGCAAAAUCAUAGCCGAAAAGGAAAAAUGUGUUUGCGUUUAUAUACUGGCUCUCCAGUCAACAAAAUGAAACAUAUCUGAAUGUCGGUCAUAAAGUAUUUUUAAACUAUCA